AUGUCUAAUAACAAUUCUGCCUCUUCCUCUCCUAAAUCUCUCUUCUGUAUUGAUUCUCCUGACCUUAUGGAUCCAUCUUUGGAUUCUCAUCAACCUAUUUCCUCUGACAGUGCCGAGAUUAUUAAUAAUAGUCUUGCUCAUGUGGAAAGUGAACUCCGUUAUAUUCGUUCCUACUUUUUCACUAUUUCUACUAUUAGCAGUAGUGACUGUCAGCUUGAAGAGGCUCGUCAAAAAAUUAAAAAUUUAGAAGCUGCUAAAAAUGAACGUGAUUUUUUCGAUGGUCUUCAAGAUUUCUUUUAA